UAUAAGCCAUGCAGUUUUAUUAUAGUAAUAUUUUGGACCUGUCAAGUUUUGUAUAAUAUAUAGCUUAUUAAGUUGCUAGCUCAAUGGCAAUGGCUAUUCUAGUGAAAGUGAUUCUAGGCUCAAUUGGGUUUGCAAUUUUCUGGAUAUUGGUGGUUUUCCCUAAUGUACCAUUUCUACCCAUUGGGAGGACUACAGGGUCCCUUCUGGGGGCUAUGCUUAUGGUCCUUUUUCAAGUCAUAUAUGCAGAUGAAGCAUAUGAUUCAAUAGAUCUCUCUAUCCUUGGUCUUCUCUUUGGGACAAUGGCUGUUAGUGUCUGUCUUGAGAAAGUAGAUGCAUUUAAGUACUUGGGGAGGUUGCUCUCAUGGAAUUGCUUUGGUGCAAAGGACUUACUUUGUAGAAUCUGCGUAAUAUCUGCCAUUUCAAGUGCUCUUUUCACCAAUGAUACCUCAUGUAUGGUUUUGACAGAAAGGAGAAUGAUAUUUUGGAAAUUUUGUGUUUAUCUUAUCACAUUAGGAAUGUUGAUUUCUUUGCUUAUGGGUGAGAACAUGUCUUGGAUUGCAAUUGCUGCUGCACUAGCUCUUAUUGUUCUUGAUUUCAAGGAUGCUCAGCCAUGCUUAGAAAAGGUUUCAUAUUCCCUUCUAAUUUUCUUUUGUGGAAUGUUUAUCACGGUUGAGGGCUUUGACAGAACUGGAAUUCCAAGUUCUCUAUGGAACCUCAUGAAGCCCUAUGCAGGGAUUAAUCGUGUUAGUGGGAUAGCUGUUCUAGCCCUUGUCAUCCUUAUCUUGUCAAAUUUGGUUUCAAAUCUACCAACGGUUCUGUUGCUUGGAGCCCGGGUGGCAGCAGCAGCAGGUGAAAUUUCUUUAAGCUACGAGCAUAAGGCUUGGCUCAUGUUAUCUUGGGUUAGCACAGUGGCUGGGAACCUACGAUCGCUACUGGGCUCAGCUGCCAACUUGAUAGUGUGUGAGCAAGCUCGCCGUGCUCCACAUCUUACCUACAACUUAUCUUUUUGGAAACAUCUCAAAUUUGGGGUCCCCUCCACACUCGUAGUCACUGCAAUUGGUUUGACACUCAUCCAUAGUAGUAGUUGUACGUACGUACCCGCCAAGACACUGAUUUGUGUGGACAACUUAUAG